GACCACACACCACCAACUUGCACACACACAGACAGAUAGACAGACAGACAGACACACCAGCAUCGGCGAUCACUCGGGGUCGAGUAUGAUUGUCCUUCUGGUGGGUUCUGCUUGUGGGUCUUCAGAUGGCUGAAGAGGUCGAUCAGGGAGCCACAUAUUUUUAUGCAGUGUGGGCAAGGGUGAGUGGUGGUGGUGGUGGUGGUUGGGCCUUCUUGGUGAAAAGUCUCUCCUUUCGAAGUUGCCGCCUGUCCUCAGCAGAACGGCGGAGAUCUUCCUCGUACCGUGCUACUCCCUCGUGGACAGCUUUCCUCCAUGUCCACCUGUCUUUUGUUGUGUCCUCCCAGCUGGAGAUGUUCGCCUCCUCCAGGACAUUGGUGUUGGUGCGCCUGUCUUCCCAGCUGAUCCUCAUGAUGGCAUCUUUGGUGGAGCAUGUCAUACCCAAGAGCAUUUCAUACCCAGAAGCAUGUCAGACCCAGGAGCAUGUCAGACCCAGGAGUAUGUCAGACCCAGGAGUAUGUCAGACCCAGGAGCAUGUCAGACCCAGGAGUAUGUCAGACCCAGGAGCAUGUCAGACCCGGGAGAAUGUCAGACCCAGGAGCAUGUCAGACCCAGGAGCAUGUCAGACCCAGGAGUUUGUCAGACCCAGGAGCAUGUCAGACCCAGGAGUAUGUCAGACCCAGGAGUAUGUCAGACCCAGGAGCAUGUCAGACCCAGGAGUAUGUCAGACCCAGGAGUAUGUCAGACCCAGGAGCAUGUCAGACCCAGGAGCAUGGCAGACCCAGGAGAAUGUCAGACCCAGGAGCAUGUCAGACCCAGGAGAAUGUCAGACCCAGGAGCAUGUCAGACCCGGGAGUAUGUCAGACCCAGGAGCAUGUCAGACCUAGGAGCAUGUCAGACCCAGGAGCAUGUCAGACCCAGGAGCAUGUCAGACCCAAGGUCCUCUUCUGAGUGGGCAGUGAUGUCAUUAUCAUCUGCAUACUGAAGCUCCACAUUGGAAGUGUUGAUGAGUUUGCUCUUGGCCUUCAAUCUGUUGAGGUUAAAGAGUUUGCAGAUAGACAAACAGACAGACAGACUCUCUCACACACACACACAUAUACACACACACACACACACAUACACACACACCAACCCAACUCUCCUGACUCCUAGCCUGCUAGUAUUUUAUUUAUCUGCAUUUAAUUUAAUUUCAAAUGCAUUGUAUUUCAGACCCCUCACAGUCAUGGCCACCACCAGCCUCAAUUCCAAUCUCCCUGCUAGCACACAUCCCAACACAGAAGAUGCCUCUCCAUUUCCCGCCGGGCUACUACCACUCCACAGGAGGCUGCUGAGGGGAGGAUGGCUCAUAAUAAUGGCUGGAACAGAGCGUUCCACCUCCUGUGUACCACUGUCAUAUCAAUAGGAGGGACAGGAAGCAAUGACGUCAUCACUACGCUGCCUCCCAUCGUGAUGUACAGUACUACUCAGGCUCCAAGCCCCUUGACUAGUCCUGCUGAACUCACAUCCCAUCCACACUUCCUGUCUGAAGACUCAAUCUGUCCCUGCUCUGGAUUAAAGAUACAUGGUGGUGGGUCAACUGUGGUGGGCAAUGUUGGGCCACCGCCUGUUCUAAUAUGCAGAUAGAAAUCUGGUGAAGUAAAUACACUGGGAGUCCAGGACUGCAUCCUAAAUGGCACCC